UGAAGAACAGCCCCCCUCACCGAGUCGUGAUGAGGUGAACCGGCGGGGAGAGAGAGAGAAAGACAGAGAGAGAGAAAGAGCGAGCAAGCAUCAGCACCGACUGAGACUCAUCCCCUCGUCCCCCCACUGACGCCCACACUUCCGGACUGGACCCUCUGGAGGCGGCUGGGUCGGGAUGCAUGCGUCUCCCAGUGCUGCUUGAGAUGUGGAUAAGACGACGACGGUGAAAAGGCGACGUGCUCGUUACCUUCCAUUAAACCUCCUCGCUGCAGAUCUGAACGCUGAACUAAUCAAUUAUCGGCGGCCAACUCGCCCAUCACUCACAGGGGGGAUUCAGGCUUUGGCCACACUGUCUGUCUGCCGUCAACUGUUGCCUAUUUCCUCUGUAAAUGAAUCUUGUAAGGUAUAUGAACAAUCGUGUUCCUCCUAACAAGAGAUACCAGCCCACCGAAUAUGAGCAUGCUGCCAAUUGUGCCACGCAUGCGUUGUGGAUAAUCCCCAGCCUGCUGGGAAGCUCAGUGUUGCACUUCCAGUCAGAGGACCAAUGGGAGCGGCUGUCAGCCUGGGUGUAUGGGGCGGGGCUCAGCUCACUCUUCAUCAUCUCCACCCUCUUCCACACUGUGGCCUGGAAGAAGAGCCACUUACGGUCUGUGGAGCAGUGUUUUCACAUGUGUGACAGGAUGGUGAUCUAUUUCUUCAUCGCUGCUUCCUACGCCCCUUGGCUAAACCUGCGAGAGCUGGGUCCCUGGGCGUGUCACAUGCGCUGGUUAGUUUGGGUCAUGGCGUCUUUUGGAACCACCUACGUCUUCUUCUUCCAUGAGAGGUAUAAGCUCAUGGAGCUGAUCUGCUACACAGUGAUGGGAGUUUUUCCUGCCCUGGUCAUCCUCUCAAUGCCGGAGCAGUCCGGGUUGUGUGAGCUGCUGGUCGGCGGGGCCUGCUACUGUUUGGGGAUAGUCUUCUUCAAAAGUGACGGCAUUGUCCCAUUCGCUCACGCUAUUUGGCACAUGUUUGUAGCUAUGGGAGCGGCCAUACAUUACUACGCCAUCUGGAAGUACCUCUACGCCCAGCCACCCAACCACCAGGUCCACACCUCCAGAUGACAUCAGCACUGACCUCACAGGAAGUAACUCCUGUUUUUGAGCGGAUACGAGGGGCUGUCCACAUUCAGGGGCUGCCUCAUGUUGAAGGUGGGGGGAUGGGGGGUGGGGGGGUAAACAUGCACUUUUCAGUGUGACAGAAACCAAAACUAAUGGUGCAUUCAGGUCCCUCUCAUCAGUUCGAAAUGUCUAACAUUUCCAUGUUUAUCACCAAAAAGUUGCCUUCAAGCAGCCAGUGAAUGAAUGGGUAAAACGGGUCCAAAUCCAAAUUAAAUCUUUUGCAUCGUCUUCACACUCCUACUUUUCUAAAAAUAGCACCUUUAAAAAGCAAUUUAAACUACUUUACUUUUUCUUUGAGGAUAAAAUAAAAUCACAUCAGUGUGCUGAAAUAGCAUAAAAUAAUGUAAUGGAAUACAGCACAGUGUGAAACACAAAGAAAUACUUUAAGCCCUGUUUUAAGACAACAGUUAAUUCAUGCAGGUCUUGCAAUUUUGCUUUGUUUUGCAGGUACUUCUCCUUGUUUAGCUUUGAAUCUGGGACAGGAAGUACAGCUGGCCUAGAUAAUGACUGAUGGAGUCAAAGAUGUGAGACCUUAAUGUGACAGCUUUGAUUCAGUCUGAGGCAAAGCCCAGGGUGGAAAGUAUUCAUGAAACACUUCCCCGCUUCUUGGAAAACUCAGAAAAAAACUCAUGUGUCUGUAUCAGUAUUUUAUUCAUUCAGAUCUUCUGCCGUCUGAAUUUUAGACAGGAAGUUAAUCAACACUUUUAAUUUAAUUCUUACUAACCGAUGACCAACUGAAUCCAGUUACCUCCAGUGAUGCAAUACCUCCUGACGUUCUGAGCUGAGAGGGCAAUCAAAUGCACCAUUUAGGGUUAAUUAUCACGUUUGGUAUACAUGAAGGAUAAAUAUGGUGAAUCUGAACUUCAAGGCUGGCAGCUCCUGAACUGGGACCCCCCCCUCCCCAAGAUCAUUUUAGUUUUACACUUCUAACAGUAUUUUCCAGGACUUUGGUUUCAGGGGUUAAUCACUAUUCUCGGAGAUUUCUCUCUGUGCCGUGCGCGCCCAGAUUUAGUGUGCAGAAGCGGAAUUGAGGGCAUUGUCUAUUUGUCAAGAGGAAGAUCACUAUUAAAAUUGGCAGACUCGACUCAUGAGAUUAAUUUUAGUGUUUUUAGUUUGAUUACACUAAGCAGGCUGCAACAUCAGUAAUUUACUAUUCCCAAUUCAGAGCUCUAGAUAGUAUUAUUACUGCUAUUGUUAUUAGAUGUGCUAUCUACACCAUAGUACUCUGUAUGAUUUUAACAAUAGCUGCUUAAGUCGGUGACUUCCUGUGAAGUUUUUUAAACAUGAUCGUAGAGGUUUUUUUCUUUUUCUUAAGUUUAACACUCAGAUAUUUGUAGUUUUAGUCUUGGAGACUUUUACUCGUGUGCUUCCACAUAUACCAGUCGCCACACUUUCGAUUUUUGAGCAUAAACACUGAAUUCUAAUACUGUUGUCGAUUAGGUUUAGUACGUGAAGAUACAGUAUUUAUCAGAGACAUACAGUACAUGCCGACUUCAUCUAUAUUUUCUUCUGAUCUUCUCGUUGUGUUACUCGAUCAUCUUCUCAGUCUUCAUCCUAAACGAAUGGAAAACAGCUGAUAGCUACAACAUGGUUGGAGCUCAAACCACUGUCUGAUUCAGCACUGCCAGAAGACUUACUGCCGUUAACCGAUAGCACACUACUACCAUAUAUGUAUGUUUCACACUUGAAAGGAAACUGAAGCUAUAGUAUUGUUGAACAAUCUGGCCCGAUAAUAAAGGCAUCUCAGGUGCGUGUGUGUGUGUGUGUGCUCGCGCGCGUGUGCUCGCGUGUGUGUGUUUGCCCAAGUGUUUGUGCCUGUGUGUAUCCUAUACUAUCUGACUACCAUGAAUCCAAAGCCUCUAACUGGCUGAGUCUAUGUUUACACAUGAAUGCAUGUACCUUGAACACAUCAAAAUAUAUCUGAAACAUGUAUGUAUUCUUAGCGUCGAGUUGUACGUGCUGCUUCGUGGUUUAAAGGACGAAGCAGAGUGUGAUUAAUGUGGCGAGAGGAUUUUAAAAGGUCGAAGCAGCUGGUAUUUAAGGGUUGUCAAAAAAAACUUUUUCAUUAUAGUUUCACUGCAGUAUGUCGGAUCAUCUGGGCUUAAAAGUCCAAGGAAGCCACAUUAAAAAGGACCACUGCAGCUGCUAUGGUUGUUUGCAGCUCUAAGCAAAUAAAUGCAUUUUAUUUAUUUAUUUAUUUAUUUAUAUGCUGGCACCUCCCCAUACAGCUUCACCUGCUCACUCACAGCUGCCCCAGAAGUUUUCUGCAAGUUUUACAUAUAUGGAUUUACAUAAUGGAUAGAAAAGAUUUCAAAUCUUUACACCUGGACUCUUUACCCCUUGAAAGCCCGCUAGCAGUAACCCUUAAAGCUCUUUUCUGUCAUGUUUCAGGGCUGCUUAUAGAACAAAAUGACUGGGCGUACAUCAGAAGUCAGGUCGUAUCUGCCUGUGUAGCUACCUGGGAAAACCUGGAAACUGCCUGUUUGAACUAUGAAAUAAAUGCCAGAAAUUUUUAAUUUUUUGAAAAAGUAGAGUUUAUUGAACAAUCUGACAAAAGUUUUAAUUUGUAUCAUUUGUCAAAAAAAACAAAACAAAAAGCAGAAACACUGACACUGACUAAAAAAAUCUCACAACAGCUGAUGUAUUAGAUAUGACACACUUAGCAUUACAGGGCUAGUAGUCGUCAGAAGGUGUGAAAACUGGUCAUUAAGGGCAGAGGGGAGGUCGUUUGUACUUCAAUAACACUUUAAGCGACGCUGCACAACCCCCUAAAUUUGCUGCAAAACUCUGCAAAAGUUUGCAUUUGGAGUUAAAUCCAUCACUGUGAUGAGCACUUAUGAAAUGCUGUUUAUUUGCCCGUGCAAGUGUAGUAGGUCAUGAGGUAACGCAUAAGGUGAGCGUUACCUUUAAAUGUUGAGGUCGACACACAAACCUGGAUUCAGAUCCAAACCGCAGCUCAGUUUUUCCUCUAUCGCUCAACGUGUUUUAAGGAUAAGCCUCUAACUAGUGGACAAAAACUGACAACCAGCACAAAACUGGACUGAAAACAAGUUAUUUUAUAAUAUCACCUUGUUUGUGUAGCCACUGUUGCCUCAAGACAUCUAAUAAUCAUUCUUCAUUCUAUACUGAAGGGUCCAAAAACAACACGAUGACACCAAACCUUGAAUAAAAGUGAUAAAAUAGUCUGAGGGUGACACAAUACUUUAUCAUUUUGUACAUUUGAGACCCUAGCAUGAAGGGGAGUGCGUUUGUCGCACGGUGGAUAUCUUAUUUAAAACUGAAACAGAGUUACUCUGGAGUAUUCGUGCUCUCAGUGUUUACUCGAGUCUCUGGGAUGAACCAAACAACUGAGAGAGUUUACAGUUUGUCUUGUAUCCAAGCCAGGUCUGGCUGCGGUGAGAUAAAGUAAAGGAUUUGAUGUGUGUCUUGUCUUGAUUACAGUAUGUGUCUCAUUCAGACAUACACCCCACCUGCCUUUGUAAAGAUCUUUAUAACAGCGUCCGCGAAGCCUCGUGGACCCUCUGUAUAUUAUUUAUAGACGCUCUGUGAUUGUGGAGCUGCUGACUCUGUUCUCAGUCCUGCUGGUGUUUCCUUUCUCGUCCUACAGGACUGAUUAUAUUAUCUCACCCUUAUUCUAGUUUUCAUAUUGGUUAUUGUGUCUGUGGUGCUUUUUGUGCUGUGAUAAGCCGAUAUGAUGCCAACAAUGCUUUUAUCUUUUCUAUUUCUCUUGUAAUAAAAAAGCUUUUUUCAUGCA